GUUCUACAGCUCUCACAUUUGAGCCUGAACAGCGUGUGAAGGGUUAACAGUCUCUGCUGUUUACGGGAUGUUCCUGAACGCAGCUCGCAGCACAAGGCUCGUCAGCGCUGCGCGUCACGCAUGCGCCCGUCGUUCACUUCCUGCUUCCUGACAGCAAGACAACAACAUUAGAAACAGUCUUUGUGUUAAAGAGUCCGCUGUCCACCUGUCUGCUGUGCACGUGUCCGCUGUCCACCUGUCUGCUGUGCACGUGUCCGCUGUCCACCUGUCUCUGUCUCCAUGCGCGCUCCCGUGUGUGUCGCGCUGCUGGUUUUGCUGCUGAACGAUGCAGAAACUCAUCAGUUCAGUGAAGAGGAGAUGACUGAUAUCAGGCAGCGCAUCAAAGACAUGUUCUACCACGCCUACAACAGUUACCUUGACAACGCCUUCCCCUACGAUGAGCUCCGCCCCCUCACCUGUGACGGACAGGACACCUGGGGCAGUUUCUCGCUCACGCUGAUCGACGCUCUCGACACUCUUCUGGUUCUGGGAAACCACACAGAGUUCCAGCGCGUGGCGACGCUCCUCCAAGACACCGUGGACUUUGACAUCGACGUCAACGCGUCCGUGUUUGAAACCAACAUCAGAGUGGUGGGCGGCCUGCUGUCAGCUCACCUGUUGGCAGGGAGAGCAGGGAUGGAGCUGGAGCCUGGUUGGCCGUGUUCAGGACCGCUGCUCAGGAUGGCCGAGGACGCUGCUAGGAAACUACUGCCAGCGUUCCAGACCCCCAGCGGUCUCCCGUACGGCACGGUGAACCUGCUGCGAGGCGUGAGCCCCUCAGAGACCCCGGUCACCUGCACCGCCGGCGUGGGAACCUUCAUCCUGGAGUUCGCGGCGCUGAGUCGACUCACCGGAGACCCGACGUUCGAGACCGCCGCCCGACGGGCCCUGAAGACCCUCUGGGGGACCCGGUCUGACAUCGGACUGGUGGGGAACCACAUAGACAUCCUCUCUAAGAAGUGGGUGGCUCAGGACGCCGGUAUCGGAGCAGGUGUCGAUUCUUACUUUGAGUAUCUGGUGAAAGGAGCCAUCAUGCUGCAGGAUGAGGAGCUGCUCAACAUGUUCCUGGAUUAUGAUCGAGCCAUUCAGAACUACACCCGCUUUGACGACUGGUACCUGUGGGUGCAGAUGCAUAAAGGAACCGUCUCCAUGCCGGUCUUCCAGUCGCUGGAGGCCUUCUGGCCCGGCCUGCAGUCUCUUUUAGGGAAUCUGGACAGCGCAGCCAGAACCUUUCAGAACUAUUACUCAGUGUGGAGGCAGUUUGGAGGUCUGCCAGAGUUCUACAGCAUCCCUCAGGGUUACACCGUGGACAAGAGGGAGGGAUACCCACUCAGACCAGAGUUGAUAGAGAGCGCCAUGUACCUGUUCAGGGCGACCGGCGACCACAUCUACCUGCAGCUGGGCCUCGACGCCCUGGAGUCCAUCGAGAGGAUCGCAAAGACGCCCUGCGGAUACGCUAGCAUUAAAGACCUGCGAGAUCACCAGCUGGACAACAGGAUGGAGUCCUUCUUUCUCGCUGAAACCGUCAAGUACCUUUACCUGCUGUUUGACCCCGCCCACUUCCUGCAUGGCGGGGGUGCGGAGGGAGACGGUUCAUGGGAGGAGGGGGGUGAGGGGGGGCAGUGUGUUUUAGGGGCGGGGGGGUUCAUCUUCAACACGGAGGCUCACCCUCUGGACCCAGCAGCGCUUCACUGCUGCAGCCGUCACGCUGAGGACCGACAGGAGCUCCGCCACAUCCUGCUGAGCCUGUCACAGCCUCUGGAAAAGCCAGCCAGCCAAUCAAAACCACCCACAGCGCAGACCGAAGACCCUCUGCUGGGCCGAUCAGACAGCAUUGCUCUGAAACCGGGCCAGAAGAAGACCGCCCCCCUGCUGUCCUGUCCCGUUCAGCCAUUCAGUGCUCGACUCUCCAUCCUGGGACAAGUUUUCACUGAUAACACCUGAAGCCUGAGCUCAACUCGCAGGUCUGAUCUCACUUCCUGUUGCUAAAACUCUGACACGGUGGGUUCCUUUCUGAGGUCUGGCGUCAUGGCGACCGGCAGGGGAAGACGUUUUAAAACCUGGAUAAGAACUAAUAACAAUUGGACAGCA